AUGAACAUUCACGCCCGUAUCGGCGAGCAAACAAAGCUCAUCAACGAGCGACCAAACUCGAUGAUGGUGACGACGGACCGAGCGUCGGCCUUUAGGCCUCUUGUUAUCAACUCUCUCGCCCUGCUGCGGGCCUGCAUCGGCGCGACCCUCGUGGUCGCCCCUCCUCGCCUCCUGUCCCUCUUCUUCCUGAUGGGCACGCAAGGAGCGACAACACCCAACACCGGCACGGCACACCAUCACCCCGCGACAGCAGCCGGGAUCCAGUCUUCGGUCCUGCUGCCGCGCCUCCUCGGCGUUCGAGAGGUCGUCGUGGGACUGCUCCUGUGGACGGCGUUCCGGCGACACGCCCAGCAGCGACGCCAAGGCCUGCCGCAGGAGACCGAAGCCCGGCGAGGGCUCCGCAGUGUGCUGUGGGGGAACCUGGCCGUCGACGUGAUGGACGCGGUGAGCUGCGCGGUCGUCGUGGCGGCGGGCAUGCAGGAGAAGGCUGCCGCGGCGUGGUUCGGCGCCGGGGCGAUGGUGUUUGUCGUGCUCGGGGCGCUGGGGCUGUCACUGGACGCCAAGUAG